UUUUUUUUGGGUGGUGGAGAUAAAUUAAAAGAAUCUCUUGUUGAAAAUCUAAUUAUAACCAACUUUUGUAAUUACGGUCCACGAAGGAAAUUUGUGGGCUGGUUGAAGAAAAAGAGAAAAAAAAAAAAAAGGAAGUAAAUUAAUUGGGAGGGGGGGAAGAGAAGAAUGGUUGAGAGCAAAGGGGAGAAAGGGAAAAGCGAAGGGGAUCAUCAAAAUCAUGGAGGUGGUGGAGGUGGUGGCGGCGGCGGGGGCGGGGGAGAGAAGGGAGGUAGAGCUCUAAAGAAAGGGCCGUGGACGUCGGCGGAAGAUGGGAUUUUGAUUGAUUAUGUGAAGAAACAUGGUGAAGGGAAUUGGAAUGCGGUUCAAAAACACACGGGAUUGGCUCGGUGUGGGAAAAGUUGUAGGUUACGUUGGGCUAACCAUUUAAGGCCUAAUCUUAAAAAAGGCUCUUUUUCUCAAGAAGAAGAACGGAUCAUCAUUGAACUUCACGCUAAACUUGGCAAUAAAUGGGCUCGAAUGGCUGCUCAGUUACCCGGAAGAACUGACAACGAAAUUAAGAAUUAUUGGAAUACCCGAAUGAAACGUCGACAAAGAGCCGGUUUGCCGCUUUACCCUCUUGAAAUUCAACAGGAAGCCACGGCGUUUCAUCUACGGAACCACCACCAUCAUCACCACCAUAAUUCUACCUCUGCUGCUGGGGUUGCUACUAAUUUCUCUGUCAUUCGGCAUAAACCUGAUUUCAGCAAUCAAAAUUCUGUCUCCAUUUUCAACUUUUCUUCAACUAUGAACAAUUACCAGAAGAAUUUCAAUGAUGGGUCGUCGUUUUUCUCAACACCCACAAGUCAGUUUAAGUUUUUUCCCGACAACAACAAUGGUGGUGGAUUUGCACUGCCUCUUUCCCCUGUUUCUCCAUUUCCACAAAUUGGGCAACAGAUGAAUCAAUCCUUCUCGUCUCCACCGCAAGCCGCUUUUCAAUUGAGUUAUGGAAAUUAUGUUUGUAACUCUAACUCAGGUUUGAAUUCGAUGAUUCUUGGAGCUCCGUACCAUAACCUGAUUCCGGGGUUGGAAACAGAGCUUCCUUCAAUCCAAACGCCGCCGCACUCCAACACUCCCGCCUCCUCCGGGACCAGCGGCGGCGAGGGGAUUAUGGCAGCGGCCAAUAGCGGAUUGCUUGACGUUGUACUGUUGGAGGCUGAAGCUCGGUCUCGUAAUGAGAAACAAUCGAAAGAAGAAAGCUCCUCUGCCGGGGAAAUGAAACAGCGGAUGGACCAAGGAUCUACAGAGGAAGAAGAUGCUAAUUUAUAUGUAGAAUCAGUUUUAGGAAGCAGUGUCGGAGAGGCAGCCACCGCCGCUGAACAUCAUUCCGAUGAGUUCAGCUCCUCCCAUUCAUCAUCUCGAAAGAGACCAAGAAUGGAACCAUUAGAGGAGAUGGAUUCAAUGGAUGACGAUGACUUAAUGAGCCUACUCAACAACUUCCAAUCGGGAAUGCCGGUACCGGAGUGGUACCCCGGUAGCAGCGACGAUGAUCUCACCAUGAACAUGCAAAACGGGCCGUCGUUGUGUGAAUCGAAUGGCAACCCGGGAGGAGAUGAGCAACAGCAGAAUGUGGCUUCGCCAUCCGCGGUUGCGUCGUCGCCGGUGCUCGAAUGGAGCCUUGGGUCGUCGUGUUGGAACAACAUGCCUAGCAUUCGUUAACGGAUGAGCUUUCUAUUGAAAUCGGCCAAUUAUUCCUUCAACAAGACAAGAAUGGAACAAAAAAAAGCUACGAACUUUGAGUGUGAGGUUCAAAGGGUUGAGAAGAAUUUGUGUUGGUUUGAUUGGGUUGUCAAUCUUUUUUCAUUUGGGUUUUACGAAAUGUGGUUGGUUUGAAGGUGUUGUGUGUGCAUUAGGUAGUUUAUACAUAUCCACAAAAAGAAAAAAGGAAAAAAAGAGAAAAAAAAAAAAUAAACUUGUAAUGCAUGUUGUUGUGUAUAUAGAGUUUAUAUGUGUAGUAGUUUAGCUCUUAGAUGUAUCAAUUUACAAACAAUGUGAGACUUGGUUUGUUGUAUAACUUCUUUACUUUUACCACAUUUAUAACCAAUCCUUAUCAUAUACAUAAAAAUAUGAUAAAUUAACAACUUUUUAGAUAAUGUUUAUUUACUGAAUUUGGAGUGAGAA